AGGAUUUACGUACAGAAUUCCUGCACACGGAAAGAAGACUGCAGGGAAUAUUAGGGGUUGGUAUCGUGCCGAUGGCCUAAUGGCCAUGCCCAUUCUAGACCUCCUACAAUUUUAAGAUUAUUGUGCUUAAUUUCCGACUCCGAACCAAAACAGAAAGGUCUGGAUCUUGCACCAGUAUUAACAAACAAAUCUCAACGGCUAUAUCUUCUUCCCGCCCCUCUCUCUGUAUAUUUAUGUAUCUGCAUCACAUUAUCCCAUGCGACUCUUCAGAAUAACACACCGUACCAAUUUGCUCUCAAUUUCUCUAAUUCCUCUUCCCUCCAUUCCUUUCUUUACCAAGAAAAAACCAACCCGUUUCUUCUUUUGUUCAAGUAGCCAAAAACAAAGAUGACCAAGAUCGACGCCCUCCGUCGAUUCCUCCUCCUGUUCUCUCCUCCCACUACCACUACCACUACCACCAGCACCACAACCACCAACAAGAAACGCCUUAGCAUCCUUCGUGAUGAUCUUGAUGACCCCAUCACCACCAAUCAAGAACCUCAAAUCGAAGAAGACCAAGAAUCCAGCUCCCCACAAUCGACACUCAGCCCCAUAAUCACAGUAGCCCCACCACGCCCUUCAAAAACAAUGGUGAUCAGUACCAUUUUCGGCAACCGCAGAGGCCACGUUUGGUUCUGCAUCCAACAUGACCGUCUCUCCACUAUACCUCUUCUCCUUCUUGAACUCUCAAUCCCCACCCACCAACUCGUCAAAGAAAUGCAAUGUGGGCUGGUCCGCCUCGCUCUUGAGUGCAAUCGAUCUGAGUUGAACUCUGUCCCGCUACGAGCAGUCCCAGUCUGGACAGUGAAUUGCAAUGGGAAGAAAGCAGGUUUUGCUUUAAGGAGAAAGGCAAGUGAGCAGAUUCGUUUGAUGUUGAAGACAGUGCAGUCAAUGACGGUUGCUGCGGGUGUUAUUCCGGCCAGGUUGGGGUCAUCUUCGGAUUCGGAGGAGAUCAUGUAUAUGAGGGCUAAUUAUGAGCAUAUGGUUGGUAGAGCUGAUUCAGAAUCGUUUCAUUUGAUUAACCCAGAUGAGUGUCCUGGUCAAGAACUCAGUGUGUUCUUGAUGAGGUCUUGAUAAUCUUGGGCCUAAAUAAUUUUAUAUGCCUUGAUAAAUGGUACUAGUAAAUCUUGACAUUUAGAAUGCCUUUUUUUUCUUUCUUUACUAGGAAGAGGGGCAUGAAAGAAAACAAAGCGUUUUCUUGAUUGAGGGAUUCUUCAUCAAGAAUUUUGAGGAUUAGGAAGGGUGAUCUUGAUAAAAAGAGAUGGCUAAUUACAUUUAAUUUUUGUAAUAUAGAGGGCUAGAUUAUAUUGAGGUUGUUCCAUACUUGGGGAUUAUUCAAAUUGUUCAUUGAUUAGGUUCUUAGGGCUAACUCUGAUGGAUAUAAGGAUCAUUAAGACUCUGAUUUGUGUACCAUUUCACUUUUCAAGAGAGUGUUCGAAAUUUUAUCCAAGUUUUGUAUCUGUAGAUGUGUGCUCUGAUCUAUGUCAGUGUUUAUGAUUCAUUACUGUUGAAGCUGAA